AGUCCCUGGCCCCCUCUCUCGCUUUGACCUCUUCCUACACGCUCAACCAUGCUAUCCUUUACACGGCCCUUGGCCCGCAUGGCGGGUCUGGUUCAGCUACGAUCCGCCUCCACAGCUGCCAAUGCCGCCAAACCCACAUAUACAGCUCCUGCGUCCGUAAUUGUCCCCACACAGUUCAAGCCUAACACCAAGGGCCAAGGAUUGAUGCAGCUGAUUUCUAAGGAGGAGACCAAGCGCCUGGGUGCUGACGGCCGCUCGAAACUCUUCAACAAGUCUCAUCAAGACUGUCUCCGCCCUGGCGAUGUUGUUCUGGUCGAGACCCUGAACUCGAUGUCGACGGACAAGACUAGUACCUUUAUCGGAGUUCUCAUUGCCAUGGACCGUCGCGGACUUCAUAGCAACUUCACUGUUAGGAACGUGGUUCUGAAGGUUGGCGUCGAGAUGAAGUACAUGUUGUACUCACCACUGAUCAAGGCUGUCAGAGUCAUGAAAAAAGGCGAAGGAUUCAGGAGGGCGAAGCUUUUCUACUUGCGAGACAACCCUGGACGUGCGUUCCGUCUGGAAGGACUUGUGAGGCAGGAUAAGGCGGAGCAAGCAAAGAAGGCUGUCAAGGCAUAGGUUAGGACGGAUCAAGAGCGUUUUACGUGACAUGACAUAGAUAAUAAACCCGUGUAUUUUUUUUUCCUCCCCACA